UCCGCCGACAACCCCUCGCGUUCUGCAGCAGCAGCAGCAGCCCGGAGUCGUGUACGGCACACACACAUACGACGGCAGAGACAGUAGCUCGGUGUGCGCAGGUUAGAUUGGCGAGUCGAGCGAGGGAGUGAGAGAGAGAGAAGGGGGAGGAGGGAAUCAUCAUCAGCAGCGACGGCGCGAGUAGCGGGACUAGUCGUAGUCGGGCAGCGCUGCGCCCUCGAUCGAGCAUCACUCCUGUGCAGUGCGAUCCGGGGUCGACGAAGCGUCAUGUGCUGCGGAAUCGAGAGCUGCAACAGCAGCAGCCUAACCUCCAAAUCGCGGCCAGCAGGAGUUGGUUCGUUCGCGAGAUGUCAGUGAGGCGCUAUAAUGCGGCGGACGGAAGAACGGCUGCUGCUGCUGCUGCUCGGCAGCGAUCCUCCCUUCUUGGGCUGAGCCAUCACUGCUAAGCCUGCUGCGGACAAUGCCCAUACGGAGGACGAGCGAGGCAGAAGCUCAGUGUGUGUCGUUCGCUACCGAGUGCUCAUAGCUGCUUUCCGCCAAGGAUAAUAUACGAGAGGCGAAGGAGAGAGAGAGAGAGAGAAGGCUGCCCCCGUGAGAGGAAGAGAGAGAGAGGGAGGUGGGAUCGAAGAGAGGGAGAAGCCGAGCGCCUGUAGGAACUCUGUGUGUCUCUCUCUCUCUCUGUGUGCGUGUGUGUGUGUGAUGAACGCGACUGCUGCUACUCCGGCCACGGUGGGCGUCUCGGCGUAAGCAAUGGCGAGCACGGCGGAGGACUACGGCUCGGAGCUGCAGGAGCUGCAGUGGGGCGGCAACCUGGUGGGUGGCAGCGGUGCCGGGAGCACGCACUUCCUGCGCAGCGGUGGCUCCCAUUACGUGCGCUGCGGCUCCGGCAGCUGCUACGAGGCCGAGGACCUCGAGCCGGCCUCCUCGCGACACCAUCACUCCUCGGCCGGCCAGCACCGUGGCUACUACAGUCCGCCCGGCACCAGCUACACCAUCGUCGAGAGGCCGCCCAGCGCGCCGCACCACCACUCCUCCCACGCCACCCCCUACAGGCAUCGCGGACACAAGUCCACCAUCGGCAGCGGCGCCAUUUCGCCCGAGCAGGUCAUAAGCCUCUUCGGCAAUGGUCUCGCGGAGCGACGGCAGAACGAGAGGCGGACGCCAGCCUCGAGUCCAGCCUCGGUCGCGGCGCUGCGCAACUCGUCGAGUUCGACGCAGCCGACGACGACCGUCCAGGCGCCGCCUGUUCCCCAGGCCUUGAGCUUGCAGGAGCUCACGGUGCGGACGAUAAUGAUGACGCGGGAGCCGCCCGACUCGCAUCACGGCUUCGGCAUUUGUGUCAAGGGCGGCAAGGAUGCUGAUGCGCAGUCAGGGGUGGGAGUCUACAUUUCGCGGGUGGAGGAGGGCUCGGUGGCCGAGCGCGCUGGACUCCGGCCAGGCGACACCAUCUUGGAAGUCAACGGAACGCCCUUUCGGGCAGUGACCCACGAGGAAGCCCUCAAAAUGCUGAAGUCCUGCCGGACGCUGAGCAUGACGGUACGCGGUCCGGCGAUAGACCCUCGCUGUCGGGGUGGCCACCCGAUCUGGCCGCAGAACCGACAGCAGACCUGCAGCUGGAUGGACAGACAGGGCAGACCUGCAUCGCCACCGCCUGUCAAUCCGCCACGUGAUUCGAGAUACGGACCUCGCACGAGAAAGGUCGACCUCUGCAUCGAACCGGGCCAGUCGCUGGGCCUUAUGAUACGCGGUGGCCUCGAGUACGGCCUCGGGAUCUACGUCACCGGCGUCGACAAGGACAGCGUCGCCGACCGCGCUGGUCUACUGGUGGGCGAUCAAAUCCUCGAGGUGAACGGUCAGAGCUUCGAGGAGGCGACGCACGACGAGGCCGUGCAGAUCUUAAAAACGAACAAGAGGAUGAGCCUGGUGAUUCGCGACGUUGGCAAGGUGCCCCACUCGUGCACCACCAGCCAGCCGAUGGUCGUGCCAGUUUCGAGGUAUCAGGAUCACGACUCCCUGCUGCUCGAGAGCCCUGGAAAUCAUCGGCCGCCCAGUCCUGCAUACUCUCUGGUAGACGAUUACUACGAUAGCAGCUUAAACGAUUGGAGGCACCGAGGCGUACACCCGAUCUCGGCGGCGACGGCCGCUAUGGUCGAGGAGAAGGCGCGCGUCGUCCUGGCGCGCAGCGAGAGGGCCGCGCUCUCGCAGCUUCUCGCCGACUACAGGACCCGCAGACUGACCGUCGAGGAUCUCGUCGUGAGCCUCGGGGACCUCCUGAACACGCACGAGAAGCUCACGCUGCUCACCGAGCUGCGCGAGCUCGUCGACAGCAAGGACAGGCCGGCCUUCGACGAUCUCGUCUACCGACCCAGGCUCUCUAGGAGAAAAGGUGACAGGGCACACAACUCGGACCUAAUAGUGACGCCAUCGCUGCACGAGCUUCCGAGGGUCAUAAGCGGCGCCUGUUGCCGGCCCGGACGGCUGAUGGACGUCGAAGGAGAUCCCCUGGGAGUGACGGGACCGCUUCUGCCUAGGGAAAACCAGGAGUACCGUUCGCCCAGCGAGGACAGCGGCCUCGGGCCCGAAAUGGGCAGCCGGACCAGAGGGGCAUGCAGGCGAAGUCAGCAGCAUCAGGUCGCCACGUCUGACCUCGCACUCUCCAACGAUGACGAGUACGAAAAUCAGGAUUACGACGACGACAUGGAGGGCGAGCGCGGAGGCCGGCGUCACAGCUCUCCCGGUGGCUCGAGGGGCAACCGGGACUACCAUCAUCAUCUUCACGCCGACAAUUUGGAGAGCGACGGCGGUUGCGAAGGUAGCGACGCCGAGAUGAUGAUCGGUAACGGCGGCGCAAGGCAUCGCGAGCGCGAUCGCGAUACCGAGGACGACGAGGACGAAGGAAGGGAGGAGAGGAGCUCGGAGAGUGGUGGUGUUGGAGGUUUCGGUGGUUGGAGGACCCAUCUACUCGGUGGGCUAACGCAACGCGUCAAGUCCUGGUACUGGGGCGCCAGACCCCUCGAGUUUGCGCACAAGCUCUCGCGGAGCUACGACAUGCAGGAGGCGCAGCUGUUGGAGGAAGCGGGCAGCGGGACGACGGGCAGCACAGGCUCGGGUGGUCCGCCCCGGCGUCACCACAGCGCUCAGAGGCUGGCUCGGGGUCCGGGCGAGGGCGGCGAGCGUCGCGAGGAGGACGCCGCUGUCGUCGUGCCCGACCACCAGGGCAAUCUGCGCAUCAUCGUGAAGAAGAGCAAGCCCACCCUCGGCAUCGCCAUCGAAGGCGGCGCCAACACCAAGCAUCCGCUGCCCAGGAUCAUAAAUAUUCAUGAUAACGGCGCAGCUUACGAUGCCGGCGGUCUGGAAGUUGGCCAACUGAUCCUGGAGGUCGACGGUCACAAGGUCGAAGGACUUCAUCACCAGGAAGUGGCGAGGCUAAUAGCCGAGUCGUUCGCGCGAAGGGACCGUAACGAGAUUGAGUUCCUAGUCGUCGAGGCGAAGAAAAGCAACCUCGAGCCGAAGCCAACGGCGCUGAUAUUUUUGGAAGCGUAGCAGGAAUCUCCCACCUCCGAGCCAGAGCCACCAUAGCUCGAGUCGCCGGCGAGAGGACGAUGGUCGGACGACGAGCGAUCCAGGAGCGAAUAUCGCAGUGCCAGAAGGACCUAAAGCCGCGACUCGAUGCCGCUGCAGGCGAGCUGCAGCGGGACACGAGCCGCCGAUACACGGGUCUCUUCACUCCGGAAUAUUCGUCUACCUCGGACACAAAGCUUCAACGUACGACAUAAUCGCUCUCUCUCACUAUGGACCGGCGUACAUUCGACUAGUCACUCGAGCAGCCUGGCCGCGGUGGUGGGAUGACAACAAUAUCCUCGCGCUCGCGCACAUACACACACACACCCGUUUACACGCACGUAUAUUGUACCCACGAACUCGUGCUUUUAUCCCCGUGUACAGACGUACAAAGCGAUUCAAUUACGAAACUGUAAAAGACAUUCCUCCCGGGAGUUUUUCCUCGAGCUCGCGAGUGCGCGUACCUGCAUCGGUGUGACUCGCUGCGCGUAUAGUUUCCUCGUCAACUCGAUACAGAUACAUGAGACGCGUAACGAGGGCCUGAGACGGACGAGUUUGUAAGUACAGGGAGAAGAUGAAGACGAAGAAGACGCAGUAGGCAUGCAGCAGAAGAAAACAUUCGCGUCGCGCGCAAAGUGAUUAUCGCAACUGCAGCGGAGAGACGCGACAAAAGGAGUUUUCUGUGCCAAAGUAAUCAGCGACUUUGUGGAACGCGCUUCGCUCGGCGCAAAAAGCCGGGCAAGAUCAAGCGCUGUACUGUCGCUGCUUAAAAGACACGUGCUGGAGGUGUAUAUGUGUGUAUUUGCCGAAAGACUAUAUAUGUGUAUACAGAUGCAGAUAGAGAGAAAGGGAAUUUUAUUAUAUUAUUCUUCUCGCUGACACGAGGAUUCUCUUUUUAUUUUGUUAAUCGGCAAAUGAGAGGUAAUGAUAAUCCUAGAACAUAUAUUACGAUAAGUAAGGAUCGACGCACUCACAGUUGACUAAUGUUGUGUUAUAUCGAAAAAAGGAAUCGCCUUCGAGGGACGGAAACGAGUUUCCCUGUUCUCUAUAUACGCGAAAAUUGUAGAAAGAAGUUGAUGUUGCUGCGCUACUGAUCUCGAACGACUGUGCACAUGCAAACUCGUUUUUCUUCCUCGAUCGAUACUAUAGACUUACUAUUGGAAUUGUUGAGGCUUAAAAAAUUAUAUUAUAUACAUAAAUGUACGACAACUUGGUCGGUGAAACAAACAAAAAAAAUAUAUAUAUACAUAUAUGAAUAAAACGACGCUAAACUGUUGCAAUGGCAAAAUUACAAGUUGCACUAGUUCUCACCGGGAAAAUCUCGAUUACUCUAAGCUUAUAAAUAACGGAUCUGUUUAAAAGUUCUAACAUCACAUACGAGUCGAUAAUUCGAUAUGAUAAGAACGCAUAAAAGUUUACGUGUCCGAUGCAAUGUUAUUCGAAAAGUUUUUCUCUCAAGCAUAAACGAUCGCAGGACAAAAAAGAAUUUGCAAUUAUUUUUUAUCUAACAAAUAAAAGCGCACACGUCUACGAACGAUAUUAAACGAUUUCCCCGAAUCGGCGCAAACACGUAUCUGCGCCUACGCCCUUCAAAUUCUGAGACGCGUUGAUUUUUUAAACGCAGCUUGUUCAAAAACUUUUCUAAUAACGUGACGGUUAUUAUACGGAGAUAAACUGAAAAAUCCGUUGCGUUGAUUGUUAAUGUGCCAAAAUAGCUAAUAAUGACGAAUAAUCGUCUGCGAGAGUAUUAAACGCUGCGUAAGAGUUUUGAGAGAAGCAUGACGUAUGAAUGAGUGGAAUAAAACAAAAAUAGUGACGUGGCCGAAAAUUUGACAUAAAGUGGAGAAACCAUUACGCAUUUCCGUGCCCGUUACUCAAAAAUAAUCUAUUUCGUAGAAAAGUCACAAAGUAAAAUGAAAUAAAAAAAUUUGUUAUUUUACUUUCUGUUGGGAAAUUGUAUUUAAGAUUUGUUGUGUAUAGAUAAAGAUUCGUUUAUAGAGGGACACUGGAUGUAUAGAAACGGUUUAUAUUGUGUAAUAGUUGACUGUUUGAUAAGGCUUGAAAUGUGAUAUUAUUUAAACAUGAUAAAAGUUGUCUGGAGAGAAGAAUAUAAUUUAUUAAGAAAGUACUUAAGUUUUGUUAUCGAUUUGUUGUUUAUCACCGUUUGUAUAUAGGAUCAUUUAUUUUAUUUACAAAGUGUUAAAUAUUAUAAUAGAAUGUAAGUUUUAGAUCUAUGACAUGAAUUAAAACAAAAAUAUUAAUACAUUUAUGUAAAUUAAAAAAUAAUAAUAAUUCGAAUUAGUAGUCAAACAUGAAUGGUAUAAGAAAUUGGGCAUGGAAAUCUACUCAUAAGCGUAAAACAUUAAUCUUGUUUUCGUAUAGCACGCACAAUAACGGAUUUAAAAUAAUAAUGGCAUGGAUAAAAUUUAAUAAUGCACUGCUUUCAGCGAAUGAUGUCGUAGCACAUAAGAAAGACCAAAAUCUAGACCGAUUUUUACAAAAAGAGAGAAAAUUAUCGAUGAAUUGCGUGCGCCGGACUCGCGCAUAAAACAUUAUUUGAUCAAGCGAUCUUAUCUUCGAGGAUACUAAAAGCAAAAAUAAAAGUACGGAUAUUCGGAAAUAACGACGUUCGCUGGACGUGUACGAUGGCCAAAGAUAAAAUGUGAGAGUAUGCGAAACAAAAAAUAUAACUUGUAAAUUCUGAGGAGAAGUGAUUUCGGCAGAAACUUGAGCCACUGAAUUACAAGCAAAAUUGUCAAAACUCUAUUUUCCUGUUGUACCCAAUCAGUUCGCAUGUGACGGUCAUCUCAUCUUGCCUGCAUCGAUAUUUGUACCGCUAUACGUGUAUAGAUGAUUUCCCGCCGUUAAAGCGAUGGAGCCGAGUUUCUGUCGAAACAGUUUUCCAAGUCGCCAAAAAAGAGAACAGAUAAAAUAAGCUAAAACUUUUUUUCAGAGCAAAUCUUUUUGAGGCUCCCGAGAAACAAAUAUUUUUAUAAGCGGCUUUCGAAAUACGCGCAGUGUCCGAAUAGCCAGAGAUUUCAGCUGACAUAUCUGAACAAUGCCUUACCGCUUUAUGUGUUGAAUAACGAACGAAAAACAAAAAAAUACAAAGCGAAGCAGUCGUUGUAGCAUCGAUCGAUUUAACUACCAAGGAGAUUAAAGAUUGACAAUUUACAAAAAAUCUGACUAUUUUAAUGCUCGAAUCCAACAUCAAAGAAUUGACAUCGUGUAAUUUUCAGAAAAAGUAUUAAAUUUCAAGUAUUUUAUGUAAUUUUACAUUGAUGUAUCUGAUUAUUUGAGCGUUAAGAUCGGAUAUCAAAUUAUUCAGAUUCCACAGGAAUGAAAAUUUUCAAAACUCUACGAAAUGUCCUUUAUAAAAUAGUUUCAAUUAAAUUUUUUACUUUUUUAUUCACAAAAUAUCAUUAGUAUGAAUAAACAAUAUUUCUAGUGUUCAAGUCACAACAUAUCGGGAUUGUAUGGUUUACUCUGCCACAAUUUACUUUACGUAAACCGGAUAUAAACGAUCUUUAAUCAAACACGAACCCGUGAAUAGUUGUUAGUUCGUAAAUACGACGUAUGUUACACUUUAAGUAUUAGUGUAAACGACGUAAUAGUAUACAGCUGAUUAAUUGCAUCGCAGGUUGUAAUUAAUUCAAGUCAUUAUACACCAAUUACUUAAUUGCGCACAAGUGGAUGAUCUAUUCAAUUGAAAAUCAUUGGCUUUGGUACCCACGAUAGGAGGGACACUAAUUGUACUAAGUAGCGUGCAUUUGAUCACUAGUUAAUAGCUUCUUUGAUGUUGAAAUCGAGCUUGUUCAUACACAGAGACAAUUCUUUCCUCAUAAACGCAAAAAGAGAAUUUUUUUCAAAAUCAUUCCUUCGAAGCGAAAACCAAGCAUUUAUGCGGUGUAGCUUAUACACAUGUAAUAGAAAUUUUAAAAUAGUAAUAAAGCAGUAGCUGUCGAUUUAUAGACUUUAGAAAUACAAUUUGCAAAAAAAAAAAAGGAUAAAUAAUACCAAAUUUUAAAAACUUAGCUGAAUCUAACGUAGCGAAAUGUUAGGUUUUAUUUUUUCAACAAGACAUAAAAGUGUGGAAAGACUCAAAUUCUGAUUCCUACAAUCUUGAACACAGUAUAUAAAGUUGUAUCUUGCAAAACUACAGUUCGCUUAAACGCAAGUCCCUAAGAAAUUCUGCAAGAUUAUGCAACAAAAUAUUUCUAUAAAGUUUAAGAAAUGAAAUGAAAAACUUCUUUAAUGUCUGACCAAAUUUUAAAAAAUGUAAAAAGUACGAUAAAUCGAAAGAGAGAAAAACCGCUAAUCAUCAAUAUACCCUUCAAAUAAUAUUGUAACGACUAAAGAUACGAAUUCACUGAAACUUGAAUAUAAACGAAACGUUAAGGACAUUACGUUUGUUAUUCGUAAAACACUAUAAAAAUGUACAUAAAGUGUCGUUCGUUCGUACGCAUUUCAUGUAGUUAAACAAUCUGUUUUGCAGCAACUACACAGAUUUAAUAAGUUAGCGUGCAUUUUAACAUAUGUCAAGAUGAUACAAAUGAGCAGUAAGAUAAUUUGCAGAUUGUAAAGAAAUUGAUGAAAGGUCACUCGUGCAAAGCGCAAGAAACAAAUCGUAUACAAAUAAUGUAUACACCACAUACACCUUAACACGGUAUUUGACGUGUAAAAGCAUGUUCAUGACUAUUAUUGUAAAAAUGGUGAUGAUUAUUACGAUUAUUAUUAUUAUUAUUAUUGUAAUUGAAAUAAAACGUUCACACAAAGAAAA